AUGAAGAGGGUACUUCGGAAAUUGCAAGCUCUGAAGGUGGUUUGUCGGCGUCUCCGGAAUUCGUAUGGUUGUUUGGAUAAAAGGGUAGUUCAGUUAAAGACGGAGCUUGAUGUUACCCAAUUGGCUUGUGAUCUAGACCCUUUUAAUGAUUUGCUAAAGGAGGACAUUGCUCACCUCUUGCUAGCGUAUCAAAAAGCUAGAAAUGAUCAAGUGGAAAUGGCUCGUCAAAAAGCAAAGAUAUAUUGGCUCAAUGAAGGGGAUGGUAACUCUAAAUUCUUUUUUCAUGCUAUGAAAGAAAAGCGCAAUCGGAGCCAUAUUGCUACUAUCAGGGAUUCUUCUGGUACAGUUUAUGAUCAUCAGGAGGUAGCCACARCAUUCCUUUCCCAUUUUCAAGGUAUUCUAGGUACCUCUAAUGUCUUGGUCCCUCCCUCUAUGGGGGAUUGUGUGUUUGCUCAUUCUUUAUCAUUAUCGGAUUCUCUACACUUAAUCCGUCCUAUUUCGGAUAUGGAGAUAAAAGAUGCUUUGUUUGCCAUUGGGAAUGAUAMGGCCCCAGGACYUGAUGGRUAUUCUUCUAAAUUCUUUAAAGCAGCUUGGAAUGUGGUUGGUAGGGAUGUUCUCACUGGGAUACACAAUUUUUUCUAUUCUGGAACUUUGGAGUAUGAACUGAACCAUACUCUUCUUUGUCUUGUGCCAAAGGUUCCUAAUGCGUCUUUUGUUACUGAUUAUUGGCCAAUUGCGUGUUGCAAUGUGUUGUUGAAGUGUAUUAGUAAGGUUAUUGCUGAUAGGAUGAAAGGAUCGCUGGAUGUUCUUGUUAGCAAGGCUCAAUCUGCUUUCAUCCCUGGGCGCCAAAUAACUGAUAAUAUCUUAAUGGCACAUGAAUUGGUCGCUGGUUAUCAGCGUUCUGAAGGGGAACCAAAAUGUGCUUUUAAGAUUGAUAUUCGCAAGGCCUAUGACACAGUUGAUUGGCAAUUUCUUUUGGAGAUGCUGAACGGAAUGGGGUUUCAUCCAGUCAUGAUUAACUGGAUAAAGACACUGAUCACUUCUCCCACUUAUUUUGUUUGUGUUAGUGGACAGCCGGAGGUCAAGGAGAUCCUCUCUCCCCUUACCUCAAUGGAGGUCCAAACUCUUAUACGUGAUACUUUAUCUUUUCGGCCAGGGGUUUUCCCUAUACGCUACUUGGGAGUUCCUCUCUCUCCGGUUCGUCUGAAGUUGCUUGGGGUUUUCCAAACUCUUAUACGUGAUACUUUAUCUUUUCGGCCAGGGGUUUUCCCUAUACGCUACUUAGGAGUUCCUCUCUCUCCGGUUCGUCUGAAGGUACGUGAUUUUAAUCCCCUUGUGUUAAAGCUUAAAUCUCGACUUUUAAACUGGAAGAAUAAAUUCCUCUCCUAUGGAGGGCGUCGACAACUAAUUAUCUCAGUGCUCCACUCAAUGCAAACAUAUUGGAUGUCGGUAUUCUUAGUACCGGCAACCAUAAUCCAUGAAAUAGAGGAGCUUUUUCGUAAUUUUUUAUGGAAUAAAGCAGAGGGUCAGAUGGGUAAAUGUCGAGUUGCUYGGGAUACAGUUUGCUUGCCUAUUCAAAGUGGGGGUCUUGGUAUGAAAAGACUUGCGAAUUGGAAUAGGUGUCUUCUUUUUAAACAUAUUUGGGAUAUUCUAAAGGGCAGACACACUAUGUGGGUCUCUUGGAUUCAGUCUCACUGUGUUCGGGGACGUAAUUUCUGGGUUAUUAAGAAGAGGAAUGAGUGGUCGUGGAUUCUCCGAAGCCUUUUAGACUUAAGAUCUCAUUGCCGGAGAUUCUUUAUCUAUAAUGUGGGAAAUGGUUUAUCUACGCAUGCUUGGGAAGAUACAUGGAGCGAGUCGGGUCCUCUCAUUCAAUCUCUUACUUAUAGAUUCAUUAAUGGCCAGGGAUUUCACAAUAACUCCACGGUAUCUGAUAUAAUGCAGCGAUUUGGUACAAAUUGGCCGGUGGACUGGAUUCAACAAUAUCCUCAGCUGCAAAGUGUCCUGAUUCCGUUUCCCAGUCAAGUGGAGGAUAAGGUCAGAUGUCUUGAUAAUAAACUUUCACGGGGUGACUUUGAGAAGAAACUGCCAACUCAAGAUCGUAUUAGUCAAUGGAAGUAUGAACCGCCGGAGAAAUGGGUCUCCACUAUGGUCUAUCGGUAA